GGGAAGGAGCCUCGACUGUUUAAGCUUUCAUUUGGAAAAAAAAAAAAAAAAAAAAGCAAAGGGCUUCUGUUGUAGGGAAGAAAACGCCGCCUCGUCAAGAUGAUCCACAGUUUGUUCCUGAUCAACGCCUCCGGCGACAUUUUCCUGGAGAAGCACUGGAAAAGUGUGGUCAGCCGCUCCGUGUGUGAUUACUUCUUUGAGGCCCAGGAGCGCGCCACCGAGCCGGAGAACGUUCCACCGGUCAUCCCGACGCCGCAUCACUACCUGAUCAGCGUGCUCAGACACCGCAUCUACUUUGUGGCCGUCAUCCAGAGCGAGGUGCCGCCGCUCUUUGUCAUCGAGUUUCUUCACAGAGUCGUUGACACUUUCCAGGAUUAUUUUGGAGUUUGUACCGAGGCGGCCAUUAAGGACAACGUGGUGGUGGUCUACGAGCUGCUGGAGGAGAUGCUGGACAAUGGCUUCCCCCUGGCCACGGAGUCCAACAUCCUCAAAGAGCUUAUUAAGCCUCCCACCAUCCUCCGCACAAUGGUCAACACCAUCACAGGGAGCACCAAUGUUGGAGAGCAGCUCCCCACUGGCCAGCUGUCAGUGGUGCCAUGGCGACGCACCGGGGUCAAAUACACCAACAACGAAGCCUAUUUUGAUGUGGUGGAGGAGAUCGACGCCAUCAUUGAUAAGUCGGGUUCCACCAUCACGGCGGAGAUUCAGGGAGUUAUUGACGCCUGCGUCAAACUGACGGGCAUGCCUGACCUCACGCUCUCCUUUAUGAAUCCACGGCUGUUGGAUGAUGUCAGUUUUCACCCAUGUGUUCGGUUUAAGCGUUGGGAAGCUGAGCGGAUCCUUUCCUUCAUCCCCCCGGAUGGAAACUUCCGGCUUCUCUCCUACCACGUCAGCUCCCAGAACCUGGUCGCCAUCCCUGUUUACGUCAAACACAACAUUACGUUUCGGGAGGGGAGCUCGCAGGGUCGCUUCGACUUGACGCUGGGCCCCAAGCAGACCAUGGGGAAAGCUGUGGAGUCGGUCCUAGUCAGCAGCCAGCUCCCUCGAGGGGUCCUCAACGCCAACCUCAACCCUUCCCAGGGAACGUACACUUUUGACCCCGUCACAAAGCUGCUGACGUGGGAUGUUGGAAAGAUCAACCCCCAGAAGCUUCCCAGUCUGAAAGGAACCAUGAACCUGCAAGCUGGAGCUUCAAAACCUGAUGAGAACCCCACCAUUAAUAUCCAGUUCAAGAUCCAACAGAUGGCCAUCUCAGGGCUGAAGGUGAACCGGCUGGACAUGUACGGUGAAAAGUAUAAACCGUUCAAAGGCAUCAAGUAUAUGACCAAGGCUGGCAAGUUCCAGGUCCGAACAUAAAGGCUGCUGCUGUGAGACUGCUGGACCAAACCAUCAUGAGACCAACAUGGGGGGGAUAGGAGGCUGGGGAGGGUAAUAGGGGAGCUGGUAGAUUCCCUGGGUCAAUGCUUAUACCUGCUGAGGUUCACUCAGACAAGCUGGAGGCUACUUGUAGCAGUAAGCAGAGGGACGUUUCCACACAGAAAGAAAAAUGUUUGCUGCUCUGAAUCUGUUAAAGAAAUCUCUCCCUGAGCCGUCAUGUCUCCAAAAUUUCCUCACCAAUAGUCACAUGUGUUUCUUUUCCUUCUUUGGUCCUUGUUUUGUUCUUUUUCUAGGUCAUUAUAGCUCCUUGUCUUUUGUUUUUUUUUUUCCUUUCUGUGUCUUUUGUUUUCUUUUUUCUGUCUUGAACACUGGAAUAUUCUGACAUCCUUAUUUAUAUCUGUUUACAGCUGCUGGUACCAACAUUUCAUUGUGAUGAAAAUGGGAUGGCAGCUAAAGUGUCACAGAAAACCUAAGAUUAACGUCCGCCUCAUUUAUUAAGUUCUUGUGUUAUUGGAUUGAGCAAGAAUCAUUUUUAACUGUACUGGAUCAAUUGGAAGCAAAGAAGAGCAUACUUUUUUGGGCUUUAUUUAACAAUAAGCAACUGAUUGGAUCUGAAAAUUACAUGUUCGACAGCUAAAUGUUUUCUCUUCCUCAUAUUUCUCACUGCCAGGAAAAGGGUAUAAUGUGAAUAUAUAAAAAAAACAAAUGUUACCACAGCAACUGAGCUUAUCUGACAUAUUUGCAUAUGUGGGGUGAUUGAUUCAUGCCUCUGCAUCCUCACUCUGCUUACUAUUAAAGAAUGAUCUAUUUCUGUAAUAUGAUGAGUACCUCCAAGGAAAUGUUGAUGGUUUGCAUUUUGUGUUUACAAAAUUAUAUUUGUGUUUAAAAUACACCCUCUGGUGGAGUGUUACGAUGGUGGAAUAAGAAGAAAUAAAAAUGUCACAUGUUAUAAAUGA